GAAGUAAGUUCGCGUUACGUCCCCAGUCACUGCCCCUUCAUGCAUGCUAUUCCGAAUCAGGAACCGAAACAGAGUAGCCCCGAACCGGAAGAUCCGUGCGUGUGAGGAGCUGUUACAGCUCGGGCUGCUGCACCGUUUGUUGCAUUAUCCUCCCUUGGCAUAGCGCGGCCUGUAUGGCUGCUGAGGGUGCCGGCGCUGAGUCGGGGGCUUCUCCCGGGGUAUCUCCCGGGACGCCUGAGCGCAAGGAGUACCUCUUUAAAGUGCUAGUGAUCGGGGAACUGGGAGUGGGCAAAACCAGCAUUAUCAAACGCUACGUGCACCAGCUCUUCUCCCAGCACUAUAGAGCCACGAUUGGAGUGGAUUUUGCUCUGAAAGUUAUUAACUGGGACAGCAAGACCCUGGUGAGACUGCAGCUCUGGGACAUUGCAGGUCAAGAACGAUUUGGUAACAUGACAAGGGUGUACUACAAAGAGGCUGUUGGAGCUUUUGUUGUAUUUGAUGUGACAAGAGGCUCAACCUUUGAAGCUAUCACCAAGUGGAAAUCCGACCUGGAUACUAAAGUCUACCUCCCAGGUGGUGAUCCUAUACCUGCCAUUCUUCUGGCUAAUAAAUGUGACCAAAAAACAGAGAACAGCACGCAAAGCCCUUCCCAGAUGGACCACUUCUGUAAAGAAAAUGGCUUUGUUUCAUGGUUUGAAACCUCUGCAAAGGACAAUGUCAACAUUGAUGAAGCAGCUCGAUGCCUGGUACAAAACAUCCUCGCAAACUCAAAGAACUUUCCCGUAGAGGAGAAUGAAACGGGUAACAUAAAGAUUGACCACGAAACAUUGCCAGCAGAAAGUAAAUCCCAAUGCUGUUAACGCCUUCAUGUGGUUAGAAACAUGAAACAAGGACACGGGAAAGCCACAUAUAGCUGCCAUCGGUAACCUGACUGCAGUGAAUUUGCCUCCACUUACAGUCAGCGAUCAUCCUAUUCCCAUUGAUGAUGGAGUUUACAUAAGUGUUCUUUACACCUGUAACCUGUUUAUGGUGUGUUUGCGAUUUAACCCAUUGUAUAUACAACAAAUACAACUGAACAAAUGUUAGGGUUAUUAUUGUAGAUAUGUUUAUCUUGAAACUGUUAGUAAAAUUUAGGCAUGAAGAAUCAUCUCGCUCAAGGGCUCCAAACCCUAAUCAAUGGAUUGAGCCUUAAGUACAUCAUUACAGACAAGCCAUUUGGUCAUGGUGAUUGGCUCCACUGCACUCAAGCUGAGGUGUCCCCAAAAGGGAAAUUAUAUUCAAUAAAAUGUGGGCCUUUCAGUCUUCCCUGCGUCUACAAACUGAUAUCCUUACUAGGUCAUUGAUAC